AUGUAUCUUUUCUCUAAUCUGAUUUAUCAAACAAUCUUAAUUAAAAAAAACAAUUAAAUUUAAAUCUACUAAAAAUAAUAUAAAAAAAUGAACAAGGAUCUCAUUCGUAUUAUUGUUACAGGCAGCAAUAAAGGUGUUGGAUACGGAAUCAUAGAAAACCUAGCAGCUAAGCCAUACCAUAUCAUUAUGGCAUGUAGAUCUCUCGAAAGAGCAAACGAAAGUCGCUCAAAGCUUCUUUAAAUUCAUCCUCAUGCCAAGAUAGAUUCUUAUGAGCUUGAUAUUGAUUCUACUGAUUCUAUCAAUAAGUUUGUCUAAUAAAUUCAUUAACAUUAUGGAUACGUCGACAUAUUGUUGAAUAACUCUGGUAUGGCAUUCAAAGGUGAUGCAUUUGGAGCUGAUGUUGUUGAAUAAACUUUUAGAACAAACUUUUAUGGAACAAUUGAUCUCACUGAAAAAAUGCUACCAUAUAUUAAAGAAAAUGGUAAAGUGAUAUUCGUUGGAUCUUCAGCUGGUAAGUAUCAUAAUGUGAAAAACAACCAAGCUGUUCUUUAAUAGCUUUAAAACCCUCACCUUACUAAAGAUUAGCUCUUUGCUGUGGCUAAAUAGUUUUAUGAUGAUGUUAAAGACGAUACUUAUGCUUAGAAAGGAUGGGCUAAAUCAGCUUAUGGAAUGUCUAAAUUAUGCAUAAAUCUUUAUGCUUCAGUUUUGUCAAGAUUUGAUAGUGUAAUUUAGAAGAAGCUUUAGAUUUAUACUUGCUGCCCAGGAUGGGUGAGAACAGAUAUGGCAGGAUAAAACGCAACUCGUUCAAUUUAAGAAGGUGCUAUUUGCCCUGUUUAUUUAGUAGAACUACCUUUUUAAGUUAAUCCUUAACUUUAAGGCAAAUUCUUUUAUGAUUAAGUUGUUACUCCUUUAUGA